UUUGGCAAUGUUUUUGUUGUGGUUAUAAGCAUGAGAUUGGCUAUUGGCUAACGCAGAGCUAACACACACUCUUUACAGUCAUAAUGGCUAAACUCAACACACAAUUAACGACAACUAGCUUUCACACAUAUAUAUAUACACAGAAACAGAAACAACAUAAUUCAUCAAACACAAACACAAACACAAACAAAUAAACAAGUUACGAAUACGAAUAUAUUACGACUUAAUUUUGAUAAUAAAUAAUAAUAAUAAAAUCUUGGUUCUUAUCAAAAAUAUUUAUCAAUUAUUUAGAUAUUUUAACGGUCAUCAUUAUCAUCAUCAUCAAUUUUUUUCCCUCUCUCUUCUCGUUAACCUUUUACCCGAUGCUUUCCAGUGAAAAAAUACUAUAACGAUAACGAUGAGUUUCUCACAUUCAAGUGGUGAUGAUGAUGAGAAUCGUGUGUUUGUCAAUUUUAACCAUGAAUCAACAUUUAGUUCUUUGGCCGUAGGCACUAGAAAUCGAUUCCGUCUGUAUAAUAUUAAAGAUCUGGAUCGUUUAGAACUUUUAUAUGAAGAUGAUUCCGAUUAUACAGCUAUUGCUGAACGUCUUUUUUCAUCAUCAUUAUUGGCCAUUGUAUCAUUGUCAUCACCAAGAAAAUUACGUGUUUGUCAUUACAAAAAACGUACAGAAAUAACAUCAUUUUCAUAUACGAAUACGAUAUUAGCCGUAAAAUUGAAUCGACUUCGUUUGGUGGUCUGUCUGGAGGAUUCGAUAUUCAUCUAUAAUAUAACUGACUUGAAAUUUAUUCACUCAAUUCGACAAACGCAACGCAAUCCAAAUGGCAUAAUCGCGUUAGCUUCAAGCAGUGAACAAUGCUAUCUAGCCUAUCCUGCCAAACAGGACAAAGGAGAAGUUAAUAUAUUCGAUGCUCAUAAAUUGGGUAAUAAACUGACCAUUGCCGCUCAUGAUAAUCCACUUGUUUCGUUGACGUUCGACACAAAGGGAACCAAAUUGGCCACCGCUUCUGACAGGGGUACAGUCAUUCGGGUAUUUGACACAUCGAAUGGUGAUUGCAUUUAUGAAUUUCGUCGUGGUUAUGCCCGUUGUGUAUCCAUUUAUUCGUUAUCAUUUAGUCCUGAUUCACAAUUUUUAUGUGCAUCUAGCAAUACAGAAACGGUGCAUAUCUUUAAAUUGAAUGAACCCCAACCUCAGGAUGAUAAUUUAGCCGUUAUAUUUAAAUCAUAUGUAAAGAAAUUUUGUCAAACGGCCGGCUAUUUUGAUUCGGUUGCCGAUAUAAUGAAUCAAUGGCGUUCAUUUGCAACGGUUAAACUGCCUUUGGUUAGUCCUGGAUCACGAACAAUUUGUGCCAUCACUUAUUCGAAUCAACGAUCCAACGUAUUGAUUGCAACGACUGAUGGUUAUCUAUAUGUUUACGAUCUAAAUCUAAACGAAGGUGGUGAUUGUACACUAAUUCGUCAACAUCGGCUAAUUGAUGACAUAGCCUGUAGUGAUGGCCAACAAUCAUCAACAACAGCUACGGCGACCACUUCAACCUCAUCACCGUCAUCUUCUUGAUCGGUGAAUGGCAAUAGUUCAAUUCAAGUACACAAUCAGCAAACAGCUGAUCUUUGUUUUUGUAUUUUUGAAGACAUGACCAUUAAAAUAUAAUAAUAAGGCUUAUAA